UGAUUUCUUGCUUCGAGACCCCUCCAUUCUGUGCUACACUCCUUGUGUGUCACCCAAACCGGGAAUUGUCUGUGCUUCUGGGCCAAAGUAGUUUUACUAUCAGUUGAAAUGGCACCCAAGAAGGACGCUAAGGCCCCCGCCAAGAAGGCUGAACCUGCACCAGCACCAGCACCAGCACCGGCACCCGAGCCAGCUCCUGCUCCAGCAGCUCCAGCUGUCGACCUGUCCGCCGUCAAGAUAGAGUUCAGCGCAGACCAGGUUGACGACUACAGGGAGGCUUUUGGUCUGUUCGACAGGGUGGGUGACAACAAGGUGGCUUACAACCAGAUCGCUGACAUCAUGCGCGCUCUGGGACAGAACCCCACCAACAAGGAGGUGACCAAGCUGCUGGGAAACCCCUCCGCUGACGACAUGGCCAACAAGAGAGUAGAGUUCGAGGCCUUCCUGCCCAUGCUCCAGACCAUCAUCAACAGCCCGAACAAGGCAGGAUUUGAAGACUAUGUUGAGGGUCUGCGUGUCUUCGACAAGGAGGGCAAUGGCACAGUGAUGGGUGCUGAGCUCCGUAUUGUCCUGUCAACACUGGGAGAGAAGAUGAAUGAAGCUGAGAUUGAUGCUCUCAUGGCAGGGCAGGAGGAUGAGAACGGCUGUGUCAACUAUGAGGCCUUUGUCAAGCACAUCAUGUCUGUGUAAGGACCCUGCCACUGCGGUGGUGAACAUCGAAUAAGUGCAGACCCCAUGGUGUCGAGACAUCCACUCACUGUUUCCUGCACCAUCUGUGGAAGCAGGGGGAACAAAGGACUAUGAGAUGUCAUUUCCUGAAUCCUUCUUUUGUUUUAUCCUACACUUUUUUUUCCUCUCUUUUGUCCAAGUGGUGCUUUUAUUCCUCCCCCCCUUUCUCUUUUCCUCCUCCUGCUUUUCGGGAAGCUGUUACGAUUUCCCAUGAGGUGCUCCUUUCCUCAUUUUCAUCAAAGUCCCCACCCCCCAGUCUCAUUGGGUUUUUUACUGUCACAGAGGAACAGUGAUGGAGGGGGGAGGUGGAUUAAUGAUGACCGUCCCCUCCCACUUACUGUUUGGCUGGCUAAGUGACUGGUUUGGCUUGGACAGGCCAUCAAAAUGAAUCCACCACUAACCCCACCCAUCCCUGAGUCUUAACUUAUUGUAUCCUCUGCCAUCUCACAAUAAACUUUUCACACUCCCAUUUUAUUCCCCAGUUUUUGACUCUGUUUUAUACAACCAUGUGUGCAAUUCAUUUACUCAGACUUAUGUUUAAAGGACAGCUUGUCAUUUUGGAAAAUGCACAGGGAUUGACCUGAGUCUAACAUCUGUAUGUCAAAUAUGAAGCUAGAACUAGAUGUUAAUUAGUUUAACCAAAAACAUAACUUGUAUUGUCACAUUGUUUUUGUUAAGGUUAAACAAAAAAGAUCCAACUUGAGUUUUUGAACUGCUUGAGAGCAGAUUGUUUUUCUUUUAACAGAAUUAUGUUUUGUAAUCUUUAUGAUGAGCUAAUCUAACAAAUUACUGAGUUGAGCUGCAUAUUUGUACACACAAGUAUACUUAUACUUGUAUAUCUGCACAAGAGGAACAUUGCAAUUUCCCUCUGGGAUAAAUUGAGUAUUUUUAAUUUAAUUUUCAUAUUAUUUAAUAUUUACAGUUUAGCUAAUCUUUAAAUAUAUGAGCAUAAAUAUGUGUAUUUUCAUUUAAUUUAAUGUCAAUCUGUUUCCUUGUCUGAUUAUCUGAAAACAAGACAAAAAGAAGUCAAGUCAUACAUUUU